AUGUACGAUUCUCUUUCUGAAGCUCAGAGUGUCCUUCACAAACGUGAAGGCGGAAGAGAGGAUUCUGUAAAGAUUGUCAUUCAUGUUAAAGGCAGUACAUCCGCGCCUGAAACUUAUUUUGUGAACGAUUUAGAUCAAGAUAGUACAUUGGAAGAUACACGGAAAUAUUUGUCCAAAUUUGAAGGGAUCUUUAUGGGCCAUAAUGACGUUUUUCGUAAUGUGUUGUCUCGAAAAAUUCCUUAUAGUUACGAGAGUAGCUAUAGAGUCGAGGAUAUUUUGGUUCGAGAAUCUAAUUUUUAUUCUUUGCAUAUUGAAAAAGAUGAAUCAAACCCUCGUGUCCCUGAACUCGUGCGUAGUCUUAAAAUUGAUAGAGGAUAUUAUGAAGAUGGUGAUCAUUCUAUAGCUACAGCAACUAUUCCUGCAUUUUCUAUAAAAGAUUUGCAUACGAAAGACAUUAUUAUCCAAAGUAAAUUUGAACUUGCUUACAAAAAAACAAAAAAAAAUUUCGACCAAUUAUGGAUUGAAAGCUAUGAAAAGAAACAUAUAAAAGAAGGAGAUAAAACUGAAGAAAAUUGUGAAGAGAUAUUAAAUGAAUAUACCAUUAAGUAUUGUCAAACAGGCAAAAUUUCAUUAUCAUGUAACGAGUUGAUACCAACAAAAGAAUAUAUUGAUGCUAUUGAUAAUGCACUAAAGGAGGGUAAUGAUAUUCAAAAAAUAGAGAAUUUGAGACAAGUUGGCAAUGAAUUUGGAUUUUUUGG